AUGAAUCCGAGGAUCGUCAUCAUCGGUGCGGGGGCGGCUGGAGUGGCCGCCGCGACGCGGCUCAUCGAGCGGGGCUACAAAAACUUGAAGAUUCUCGAAGCGGAACAUCGCAUCGGUGGCCGGAUCCAUACCGUACCGUUCGGGGCUAACGUAGUUGACCUGGGCGCACAAUGGUGCCACGGCGAGAAAGGGAACGUGUGCUACGAGCUGGGCUCCAAGUAUAGCGUGUUUGAUUCGAACAGCGCCCGCUACGAGCGGUUCGUGCUGACACGCUCGAAUGGUGAGCAGAUACCGAAGGAGCAGAGCGAAAAGCUGCUCGGGUUGAUCUGGUCCAUCCUUGAGACGCACAAGCACGAGCUGACCGGGUACCGGGGUUCGCUCGGGUCGUUCAUCAUGGGCAAGUUCCGGGCGCUGCUCGAGACGCCCGAGUACGCGGACGUGGACGGUGAGACGGCGUACCAGGUGUUGGAGUUUUUCCACAAGUUUGAAAACUCGAUCGAAGCCUCCGACAGCUGGUUCGAUACGUCCGGACCGGGCUAUCUGCACUACUGGGAGUGUGAUGGGGAUUUGUUGCUGAACUGGCGCGACAAGGGCUACCGGACGGUGCUGGAAAUACUCAUGAAACGACACCCAUUGGCAACGGCAACGGAAGCAAUCAACCUGGAGGAUUACACACAUUUUAACAAAACCGUGGCCAACAUCAACUGGACGGCUGGCCCCGACAGUCUGGUAUCGAUCCGCUGCACGGAUAAUAGCGUCUACGACGCGGACCAUGUGAUAUGCACGAUUUCGCUGGGUGUCCUCAAGGAGCGCUACCAGUCGAUGUUUACGCCCGAUCUGCCUCCGAUCAAGCGGAAUGCCAUUCAGGGCCUUACGAUCGGGACAGUUAACAAGUUGUUUCUGGAGUUCGAGAAGCCAUUCUGGGUGAAGGGCUGGCAGGGGUUGAGUUUGAUCUGGAACAAGGCCGAUCUGGAGGAGGUACGCAAGAUGCCCGACAGCUGGAUGGAGGACGUGUUUGGGUUUUACAUCGUCGACUACCAACCGAACGUGCUGUGCGGAUGGAUUUCGGGCAAACACGCCCGUCGGAUGGAGCGUGCGAGCGAUGAAGAUGUCCGGCGAGCGUGCAUGUUCCUGUUGCGGAAGUUUAUGAAGGGUUGUACCAUCCCGGAGCCGGUGCGAUUUCAGCGGACGGCGUGGUAUUCUAACCCGAACUUUCGUGGAUCGUACACCUUCCGCUCGAUGACGACGGAUCUGCUGAAUACGUCCGCGUCCCAUCUGGCCAUUCCGCUGACCAAUUCGUGCGGCAUGCCGGUGGUGCAGUUUGCGGGCGAGGCUACGCACGAUCACUACUUCUCGACGGUGCAUGGCGCCGUGGAGACGGGAUGGCGCGAAGCCAACCGGUUGAUCGAUCUUUACGAUAGGUUGAUACCGCCCUUUAACCAUGGCCCGAAGGCGUACGUCGAUGUACUGAUCUUAGGAGCGGGCAUUGCCGGGCUUGGAGCCGCAAAGCAGCUGCGCAAUUCCGGCAAAAGCUUCGCCAUCCUGGAAGCCCAAUCCAUACCGGGUGGGCGCAUCAGCACGAAGCCACUCAAGAAGCACCACGCGGGUGGGAAAGGUUGCCAGCUGGUGGAAGCGGGUGCCCAGUGGCUGCAUGGCCGGCAGAACGAACUGCACGAGGUGGCCAAACGUAACGGGCUGUUGCGUGAGGAAACGUCCGAGGAGGGGCUGGGCGAGUUCCUGCGAGACGAUGGUUUCCGGAUAGACGAUCAUUUGGCGAAGCGUGUCGACUUUAUCGUCGGCCAAAUCCUGGAGCAAUGUGAGGAAUUUGCGGCACGAGCCAUUCACGACCGAGACGGCAUGUACCCGGCCUCGUUGGAGGCUUUUCUGCGCGAACAGUUCCGGAAGCGCACGGAAAAGGACUUCUCCGCGGAUCAGAAAGUGCUGGCGCAACAGCUACUCGAUUGGCACUGCCGGUUUCAGAUCAUCGACAAUUCGUGCCUGCACGUAUCGGACAUUUCGGCCAAGCUGUGGGGCAGCUAUUCGUUCAACGGCGAAAGCUGCCAGGCGCACAUCAACAUGCGGUACGGCUUCCAGGCGCUCGUCAACUGUUUGAUCGAGGAGAUCGGUACGGAGAAGAUCGUCUACAACAAGGCGAUCUGCGAGAUCCGUUGGUUGGACUCGCGCGGGAAAGUGAUCGUGAAGUGUACCGAUGGUACGGUGUACUGUUGCCAGCACCUGAUCGUAACGUUUUCGCUUGGUGUGCUGAAAGACACGAUGGACCAGCUGUUCCAGCCGAACCUGCCUUCCAGCUAUAGCCGGUCGAUCCGCAGCAUCGGUUACGGGACGAUCGACAAGAUCUUCCUGCAGUUCGAGGACGCGUGGUGGGGCAAAGCGGAAGGCAUUCAGUUGGUGUGGCGCGAUGAGUUACGCAAGGACUCGCACUGGACGCGCUUUAUCUCGGGGUUUGACGUGCUUAGUCCUGGCCCGCCAAACACGCUGCUCGGUUGGAUCGGAAGCUACGGUGCGCUCGAGAUGGAAGCGCUUAACGACGAGCAGAUCGUGAGCGAUUGCGUGUUUAUUUUGGAGAAAUUCACUAAGAAAAAAGUACCUAAACCUGUCAAUUAUUACUGCACUCGAUGGAACUCCAAUCGUUACAUUCGCGGCUCGUACAGCUAUACCUCGGUUAACUGCGACCACGAGCACAACUUCAUGUCCAACCUGACGGAAACACUAGUAUGCAAUCAGUACGACAAAUUAGGGGAAGAAUCGCGCAAAAAGGAUACGCUGCCACCAUCGGGCACAACGGCGAGUGCAAGUCGCGGUUCGAGCACUCCGAAUCGUGGUGGAGGAUCGAGCAAGGGUGCCACGGCCAGUGGCCAUAGCACUAGCAGCAGUAACAGCAGCAACACGUUAACCAAUGUGCCAGUGACGAACGCAGGGCAGAGCAGUAACAGCAACACCCCAAGCAAACCAGCAACGGCGGUGGCCACUUCGACGGUAGCGACAUCAACCAAUACUGCCAGUAGCGCCAAAGCCAGUAGCACCACGAACACCGUCACUAGUGCGACGGUUUCCGGUUCCAAAGGAGCAAGUGGUAACAGUAGCACUAGCAACAGCAGCAGCAGCAACAGCAGUAUUUACAACAGUGCCACAAUUCACUUUGCCGGUGAAGCCUGCCACGAGCGGUACUUCUCGACCGUUCACGGUGCCUAUCUGUCCGGGAUGGAACAGGCGAAAAAGCUGAUGGCCGACAAACGCUAGCUCGUGGACGGAAUGGAGAGCAACAAUUAACCACAAAUACCGAACACAAUCGUAACGAAAUCAAAAGAACCGACAACUGAAACGUGCUGACCAAUAGAUACAAAACAAAGUAGGAAAGUAGCGAUCAAUUGUGGUAGCAAGUUAGACCGCACUCUUAUUAGCAAGCUCAUCUAGGAGCCAAAACAGAGGUGAAAAUUAGUCCUAUAAGCGUGUAGCAAAGCAAUCCCGCUAACUAAACCCCGAACGAAACCGGGAACAAAGCUGCAGGAAAAAAGUUAAACAAUUGAAAAGGAUAACAACAAGAGACACAGACACACAUACACAAACACACAAUCUCUCUUUAACGUAGAGCGCAGCGAGAUAUCAAGAAGAACGUGCGGAAAGGCGCACACGAAACUAUUUACUUUGAGCUAUCUUGCGGAGUAGAUACAUAAAAACGAGAUGAACACUAGGGAAUAUAUUUACGUAGCUUUAAAAGUAACAUCUUCCAUUAUUAGCAACCCACCAGCGUCUUUCCUUCCGCGACGAUUUUAUCUCCAGUCUCUUCCGCCGAUCUUCCAUCCGUCACUGUUCCACCGAUCCCGUUUUUCCCCACCUAUCGCGUCCUCGGGCAGGGAGUCUCUUUGCUCCUCCCGAAAACCAUACCAACGUGUGUGACAAUUCCCAAGGUUUUGCUGUGCAUUUCUUAACGUUAGAAAAAAAUUACGUUCCUUGCGUAGGGCUGGGUAGGACCUAUAUUUGUUUCAUCGUAGGAUUAGACUAGUCAAACGUAGGGGACGAGGAGUUGCGACUGUGAGACAUUCGAAUGCUCGUAGGAAUAUUAGCCGAAAGAUAACAAGAACGGUGCGUGUUGGGUGGGGUUGGGUGCGCGCGAAGUCUAUUGUUUCUAUUUUAGAGCAAA